AUGAGCAAUGCCGAUGGGUUUCCAAUCCAGCCACCCAGACGCCCUGCCCCAGCGCUGCCGCCGCAUCCGAUGGAACCUAGUGGCGGCGAUGACACUGGUCACAGCCCCUACCUUGUUCAACGAUACGAAACGCUCGACACUCACCAUCCGGGUUAUUAUCCCCAGUUUCCCAACCCAAAGGCCUGGGCCCCCGCUGACACUACUGCGCUAGCUUCACCGCAAUUCAUGCGUCAUAAUCAGCAAAUCCAGCACACCCAGCACAGACCCUCGUUGUCACAGCAACUGCCGCCAAACCUUCCGCACCACCCGUAUAUAGCGAGGCGUCCUGCCCAUGCGGACACACGGGUCUUAGACGGGACUACUGGCAGCAGCGAUAGUGGUAGUAGUGGUAACACUAAUCCUUACAUCAACCACGGCAGCACCAAUCACGAUAGCAUCGAAGGCAUCAGAUACACUAGCCAGAUAGGGCUCACAAUGGCCGUUCCGGGCCUAGCACCACCGAGUUGGCCACCAUCGCAACUGGUGUAUCCACCAUCGGCCAAUGAACCUCUAGGAUGGCCCUCAGAACCCGCACCGGUUGCAUACGGCCUGGAUCCUGGCCACGCACCGGCCACCGGGAGACAAUACAUGGUGGCCCAGCCGAUCCCACCGGUUACACCGACACUGACGGCUAAUGCGACAGUCCCCAAGCAGCAUGCGUGGCCCGCUUUUGGAAGCAACAGCAUCGUUCCUGGAUCCCAGAUCCCGCAACGCAAUUUCCAGCAUGCCCAUUUGCUACCUUCCCUACAACACCAGCAGCAACCACACCCAUUCCCAGCAUUGGCACAAACGCAUCACUUCCAAGGUUGGAAUAACGGCGGCGACGACGGCGGCGACGCCGCCUCCGCCGUCCAAAACGAUACCCACGACAUAGCUUGGAAUCUUAACGAGGACCCUGCAACGACAGAAUUUCGUUGUCAUCUAUGCUCGAAAUCAUUUCGACGUCGCUCGUGGCUCAAAAGACAUCUUUUGUCGCACUCGGAUUUCAAGCCGCACAGUUGUCCGUGGUGUCAGAGUCGUCACAAACGACGCGAUAAUCUAUUUCAGCAUAUGAAGACCAAGCAUCCGCGUGAAGUACUCCAGGAACUAUACGAAACCAACAGCUGUGUCGAUAUGCCAGAUAUCGAGCAGCUUAUGCCAGCAGAAUCUUCUGGGGAUGACGCCUUGAGUGGCCCCGGGCCCAACAUCCGCAAUCUGGUCGAACAAGGCCACGUCCGUAAAGAUCGGGUAAAAACCGUUCUCAACGAACUAGCGAUGAGACGCAACGGAGAGGACGCCAGCGAGUUGUGA